AUUCCAUCUUACAGAUACAACUUUGCCUGAGCGAACCAAAGCUACAGGGGAUAAAAGACCGAACAUCACCUUUAUAAGGCCCUUCAGCCUCGUGUUUUACUGGUUUAGAGUCCCGUCACUUUAUUUGUCUGCUCUUGUCUUGUUCUUCUACCUUCACCCCACUCGGACCCUUCAACCCCCACCUGAGCAGUCCGCCACUACCUACCUCACCUCUACCAGCUCCAUCUCCUCUAAAUCUCAACCUCUUCCCUGCCUACCUUGAUUCCUAUAAAAACACUCACAAUGGUCGACCGUCCAAACAAGCCCUCGGCGCUCGCCUCUACCCCCGCGGCCCCUCCUCAACCCGCCGUCGACAUCACUCACGAUAACUCCCGCGUCAAGGCCGUUCUUCCCACCGGCGAGAGCGUAGAGGUCCUCCUCCACGGCGCUACUGUCAUCAGCUGGAAGGAUGCUUCAGGAGCUGAGAAGCUCUGGGUCAGCGAGUCUGCUGCUCUCGAUGGAAGUGCUCCUGUUCGAGGAGGUAUUCCCAUCGUCUUCCCGGUCUUUGGUACUGCCCCCGACCACGAACCCGUAGCCAAGCUUCCCCAGCACGGUUUUGCUCGUAACUCACGAUGGGAGUUCCUUGGAAAGUCUACCAGCGAGGGCUCUAGCUCCAGCGUGAAGCUCGACUUUGGUCUCUCCUCUGAGAGCAUCAGCGACGACUUCAAGGCUCUCUGGCCCUACAAGUUUGCUCUUAUCUACAGUGUCUCUCUUGAUCCUGAAAGUCUCAACACUACUAUUGUUGUUACCAACGAUGGUGACACUGCUUUCGACUUCCAGACUCUUCUUCACACUUACUUUAAGAUCAGCGAUAUCUCUUCCGCAGAGAUCACCGGUCUCGAGGACUCCGUCUACUUCUCCAAGGUCUCCAGCUCAGAGGCGACCCAAUCCGGCGCCAUCACUUUCUCUGCCGAAACCGACUCCGUCUACACCCCCGCCAAGGGUCCCUCUCACCCGGUCGUCAUCUCCGAGUCUGGUACUCCUCGUUUCCGUAUCGUCCGUGACAAUCUAGACCAGGUUGUCGUCUGGAACCCCUGGGUCGACAAGUCAGCCGGCAUCAAGGACUUUACUCCCAAGGACGGCUGGAAGAACAUGCUCUGUGUUGAGCCCGGUUCUGUCAAGGGAUGGCAGAAGCUGGAGAAGGGCGAUGCCUUCGAGGCGGCGCAGACUAUCACUCUGGUUUGACUUGGCAAGAGUGAGGGAGUGAGGAGAUUCAAGAUAUGACAGUUUUUACGUAACAGCAGCACAAUAAUUUGAGAGGGACAUGAUAUGAAUUAACUUGUGUUUUGAAAGACAAGCCCAUAUGCUUAGAUUAGAGAUGAAAGAAGGCACCAAAUCACAAGAUCACU